AUGGUGGCCAAGUUCAUCGCAGCCCUGGCAUGCUUUGCCAUGUGCCAGUCCACCCCCGUCCUAAUAAACGGUAUGAUGUACCGUAUUGGACGAAACAUUCCCGGCGAGUUAGCUUCUAACACGCCAACUAAAUACGACUUGCAGUUGGUGCAGAAUCAAGGGAUCGCCGAAGUCUAUCCGGGGCAAGCUGUGGCACAGGCUGAGGCUUCCGAAGCGCCAGGGAAUAGCGCGAGAGCGGUCGCUACGGCACAAAACGGCGGUGCAUACAUCCCCAUCCCCCCACCAGCCACGAUUGUUUCGUAUCAAAACUUCGAAGUGCCCGCCGAGUUAAAUUACGGAGUCCCACCAGUGGCCCAGUCCUCUGCCGUUACCAAUGGCGUUCAACAGAGCUUGUCCUCCUCCGCUAAUGCUCGAGGCUCCGGCUCAGCACAAUCUUCAGCUCGCACCCAAGGUGUCGGGAGCUACGGGAUUACCUCCUCUAACGCCAACACUUACGGUUCAGGUUUCGGAACUGCAUCUUCGAACGCUAACAACGGCUACGAAUCGGUCGUAUCAUCGGCAAACGUUCAGGGUAAUGGGCAAAGCUCUGCCUCCUCGACAGCGAAUGCCCCAGGUGCCUCUUACGUUCAAACUCAGGUGAACACCGGCGCUAACUCAGCGUUUAGUUCGGCUAACGCUCAGCGCAAUGGGGCAGCCGUAAUCUUGAACCCCAACGAUAUUCACAAGACUGUUGACAAGAAGGGCAUCAGGUGGCACUUCGGUACUCUCUACGGAACCCCAAUUCAAACGGGCCGUGUGCACGCGCAAAGCCAAUCGAGCUCCGGAAUCGCCAAGUCAGCCGCCCAAAGCCAAGGCGUCGGGGCGGGAUCCGCUCAAUCCACUGCCGCCUCAGGCCAGGGUUACGCCAACUCGGCCGCCAACAGUCAGGGUUCCGGCUACGGUAGCGUCAGCUCCACCGCAAACACCAACGGCUUUGAAAACGCCCAAUCAGCAGCCGACGUAAAUGGUUUGAACAAUGCCAACUCGAUCGCAAGCACCGAUGCUAUUGCGUUCCAAAACGCCAACACCGUGGCCAACGUCAACGAAUUGGUACAAGUCAGCCCAAUCACCGAGGGCUACGGUGCACCAAACGGUUUCGUGCAAUCCGUGGCGAGCAGCCAGGGCUACGGCACUGCCGACUCGGCCGCUAGCAGCCAGAACGCCUAUGGUAACAUCAAGUCCACCGCUGAUGUCAACGGCGCUGGAUACGCCAACGCGGCCGUCAACUCCGACGGUUACGGGUCGGCCGACUCCGUUGCGGACGGCGCUCACGGCAGCGCCAAGUCAUCGGCGAGCGCCAACCGUCCGGGCUACGGUACCGUCAACACCGUCGCCAACGUGGCGGGCCAGGGCUACGCCAAAUCCACAGCCAGCAACGGCUUGGGAUACGGAUCAGCCGUGUCUUCAUCAAAUGGGUUCGUUCCAAACCCCGCGUUCGGUUACGGAGGUGCCCGUACGAUCGCUAACGCCCAGUCCUCGGGAUAUGGUCAAGCUUCAUCCUCCGCGAGGGCUCAAGGCCUGCACACCGCCUUCAGGGUCGUCAACGCGUCUGCAAACACCAAAGGCUUCGGUUCUGCCCAAGCCAACGCACAAAGU